AUGUCGCCUGGAUUUCUGAACCCGGGGAGUGCUGACAAGCAUGAGAAGCGACACAGGGUCACCGUCGUCGGCUCCGGCAACUGGGGUUCCACAAUUGCAAAGAUCGUGGCCGAGAACACCAAGGAGCGCUCCGACAUCUUCGAGGAGGAGGUGCAAAUGUGGGUGUAUGAGGAGGAGGUUACCAUUCCCAAGGACUCGCCGCAUUACGACCCGUCUGUCGGAGAUGGUCCGCAGAAGCUAACGGAUGUCAUCAACAAGUGCCACGAGAACGUCAAAUACCUGCCCGGCAUCAAGUUGCCUGCCAACCUCAUCGCCAACCCAUCUGUCGUCGACGCCGCCAAGGACUCCUCAAUCCUCAUCUUCAACCUGCCUCAUCAGUUCAUUCACAGAGUGUCUAGCCAGCUCAAGGGGCACAUCCUACCGUUCGCCCGUGGUAUAUCAUGCAUCAAGGGAGUAGAGGUCUCCGACGAGGGUGUUGCUCUCUUCUCGGAGUGGAUCGGCGAGGGACUGGGGAUAUACUGCGGUGCCCUGAGUGGUGCCAAUAUUGCAUCUGAGAUCGCAGCUGAAAAGUGGUGCGGCACCACGAUCGCUUACGAUCCCCCUCCGAUGGACAACUCCCGAAACGCAACUCCUCGAACCCAAACUCCCAGUGGCGGCUCGCCCCGAAGCACUGCUGCCGACCUCAGCAUCACCCCGCUGGCCGACAUGGAACACAAGGAUGCUCGUGGCCGAACAAGCAAGACGAAGCUGACUCCUGUGCCGCCAGAGUACCCGGCGCUCGACCACGCCGUGUUCAAGACCCUGUUCCAGCGACCCUACUUCCGAGUACACAUGGUGUCUGACGUUGCUGGUACAUCCCUGGGUGGUGCCUUGAAAAACAUUGUUGCCCUGGCGGCCGGAUUUGUCGUGGGCCAGGGCCUCGGAGACAACGCCAAGUCAGAGAUCAUCCGAAUUGGUCUCUGCGAGAUGUUGAAGUUCGGCGAGGAGUUCUUCAAGGAGACGGUACAGCGUGAAACCUUCACAGUGGAAAGUGCCGGUGUCGCAGAUUUGAUCACAAGCUGUAGCAGCGGAAGAAACUUCAGAUGCGCAAAGAUGGCGGUCGAGCAAGGGGUUUCCGUCGCAGAAAUCGAGGAGAAGGAGCUUAAUGGUCAGAAGCUGCAGGGCACCUCCACUGCUCUGGAGGUCUACAGUUUCCUCAAGACUAGGGGACUGGAGAGGGAAUACCCCCUGUUCACAGCGGUCAGGGACAUCAUUGAGGGCAAGUUCGCUACGACUGACCUCAUUUCCCUGAUUCAAGACGAUUGA